ACAAAAUCUUCAUUCCUGCGUCACAGCGCCCUUCGCCUCUGUCGUACAUUCCUUUUCACACCUAAAGCGACGCAUUCCUUUGGACUGAAAUCCCCCAGCAGAUUUUUCGCCAGUCUUAUCCGGAGCUUCUUGCGCACAGUCGCCUGUUGCCCGUCCAGAGCACCCGGAGGAGCGCGUUUUGUUCUCGAGUUCCUCAAGGCAAAAUGUCAGCGGCUGCCGGCUCGGUGUGGAACGCCAAUUCUUGGCACUGGGAAGAAAAAAGCUACACAAAGUGGAGCCGCGAGUAUCUGCAGGCGCGCCUCGGAUCCCUGAAGCUGGUUGAAGACGUCGACGGCUUCUCCGUGACGACUCUGCCGACGCCAGCGGUGUCGGGGGAAGCGAGUGUGAGUGUGAGGAAGGGGAAGACGAUUUUGGCAGUUGACAUGGCUGUGAAGCUGCAGUUCGAGGCCCAGCUGAAGCAGGACGGCAAUCGAAAGUGCCGCGGAGAAAUCUCCGUCACAGAUAUUUCCUCCGAGUCCGUCGAAGACCGCGACUACACGACGUCUGCGCGACUCACCGACGUGGAUCUCCCCGCCGCAGAGGCGAUGACUGCGGAGGAGAGACAACAGGCUCUGGCGAUCGUCAAGCGGAACGGCAUGAACGCCGUGCAUGCAGCUCUGGAACGCUUCAUCAAAGACUUGCAGGAAGCGGAAUCGAACUCGGAGAGGCUUCAAGCUGACAAGGCCCAGCGCGAGGCAGAGCUGCAACGCAUGCAAGUGGCGGAGAAAGAGAAGGGAGAGGAGAAGAAAGCCAUCGCCGAGCAACAGAAGCGAAUGGACAGCGAAAUGAAGGAACGCGCAAGGCAGAGAGCAGCGGCGCAGCCCGCGCCACCGUCGCAGCCGGCGCAGGUCGAGGGUCAAGGCUCCGUUUGGAAUGCUAACUCGUACCAUUGGGAGGAAAAGCCUAUGACGCGCUGGUGUCGGUCGACCUUGGAGGAGAGAUUCAAUUCCGCAGAACUUUCUCUUCUUGACGGCUCAACCACUCUGAAAUUUUUCAAUGUCAAAGUUGACGGCGAGGCAUCCAACACAAUCCGAAAAGGAAAGAAACUGGUGAUUUUCGAUUUGACUAUUGGCGCAGACUGGACCGCGACAGCUCGCGACGAGGCAGGUGUCUUUCUUGCAGACUCGCGAGGCCGCUUGGACGUCCGUGACUUCUCAUCGGAAACGCUGGACGACUACGAAGUGACGAUUCAAGGUGAUGGAAAAGUUCCACCGCAGCAGCGAAUCGACACUGCAGCCAAGACAGAGCUUCCGGAGAAAAUAAAGGAUUUGCUCUCAAAGUUCGUCGACGAUCUUCGCGCUCGGGGAUGAAGCACCCCCCGAACAGAGUCUUCUAAAACAUCCUGCCUCAGCGAUGAUGACGACCAGUGCGAUAGUGCUGAUCAACAUUCUGGAAACUGGGUAGUCGCUGUAACGCGCUGUUAAAACGAGCGAUACGAAUGACAACAGCCGACGCUGAAACUCCCACUGCAGUUUCCACUAAAGAACACGCACGUCUGCACUGAAGAAAACUCCCGGAUCCUGGUCACUUGUUGUUGUGACACUUUCUACUCAGUAAUCCGAUGAGGGCAACGGCGCUGGUUGCCCUUUUUGCCAUGUUCCACCCGUGUUCUUCUUCCGGGGAUGUCCCCACUCGCUUGAAUAGAAAUGACUUUUCACGGGCUUUCCCCCGCUCGUCUUGCCACUGCCUCUCUUGGAAGUUUUCUAACUCGAAAAAACGCUCCACAGUUGUCAGACAGCCUUCAGAUCUCACCUGCACGCUGCGUCGACAAACAAACGCUCCACAGUUGUCAGACAGCCUUCAGAUCUCACCUGCACGCUGCGUCGACACAUGGCCUGCUCAAAGAAGGAGAAGCUUGCGCACGUGAACGGGAACCAACCACACACUCAACUCGGAGUGGUCGCGUACAGAGCACAAAAAACAAGAGAUGACGGGAACUCCCGAGUCGUCUUCCAUGAAGGCUGUACAGCUCCUCAGUCGACAAAUGUGCGCAUGCCAUCACUGUCCGAAUACUCACACUUAACAAAAAGCAGAUUUCAAUUCGCCACCGGGGCAACAUCCAUGGAUGCUAGGUUGUCAAACGUCGCAUCUUACGGGCAGUUUUCGUCUUUAUUCCAACAAACGAGCGUUUCGUAUGGACAGACGUUUUACAUCUUUUUUGAUACACACUGAACGAGACUCAGCAAUGACUCGAAACGUACAUAUUUCAUAGAACGCGGAUUUUGUAGUCUGGUUCUUCGUUAGCUAUGCUUCAGACGAUCAGAGACUUCGGAACUUUGUGACUGUCAUCCGCGUGCUACUGAUCUGUGGCGUCAGGAGCAUCUUCAAGGAAUC